ACUGAGCUCCUAGUUUCGCCCGAGAGCUCGCGGCGAUCGCAUGUGUUGAUCGCAUUCGAAUUUCAAAAUAAUACGAUACAGGCGUAUUUUUGCCGGAACAUUAAUGAAAAAAUUAUGAAAACGCAGGUUUAAAAAUCUAUUGGGAACACCGAGACGUAGUUAACUGUGUUUUUAAUUAAACUUUGUGCAUUGAGAUACUGAGUGAUGUAGAGAGAGCGGCAGUACGGUGAGUGCGUUACAGUGCCAAUUUCAGAUAUCACCGAAAGUGACAUGUUGUGACAGCACGAAAUAACGUCAUGAGCUAGUGUUGUGCCGGAGUCGACAUCGAUAAAAUGGCGCGUUUGCUGAUCGCGCUGGUGUUACCGGCGCUAGUCGCCGCGCUGUCACCCGGUGACACUGACACGUGUAAUCCGGACAAAAUGACGGUGUAUCGAAUGGUUUUGCACACGUACUGGACGAGGGAGAAAUUCCCGAAGCACUACCCUGAUUGGCGGCCGCCGGCGCAGUGGUCGAAGGUUUAUGGAGUUUCCCACGACCGAUCAUACGUCCUCUUCCGACUAGGUCGCCGGGUGUCACCCGCCGUCCGUCAGUUCGCAGAGACCGGCCGGUCGGACACCCUGGGCUCGGCCCCGGGCACCAUGGACGUGUUUGGAGCCCCACCCGUGGGGCAGGGUGCGGGCCGCACUGAGGCAGAGUUUUUUGUCGAUGGAAAUCAUUCUAGGGUUUCUGUGAUGGCGCGAAUGAUCCCGUCUCCAGAUUGGUUCAUAGGGGUGGACGGCUUUGACCUCUGCGUCGACGGGAACUGGCUCGAUAGCAUUACCGUUGAGGUGGAACCUCUUGACGCCGGAACAGACAAUGGAUUCACGUUCACAGCUCCCAACUGGCCUACCGCACCACAAGGGGUGGCGUACAGAAUCACCUCUAAGUAUCCGUCACAUCCAGCAGGUUCAUUCUUCUACCCGCAUCUGAGAAGAUUACCGCCGAUUGCCACGUUUCAAUUCAUAAAGCUCCGAGAAUAUGAGCUCUCGGAAGUGUUCCACCGCGCCAGUGACGACCGGCGUUAUGAUGUCAUUCAGCUUGACAAGCUCAGCCACAACAGCAUAGAUGUGCUUGACGGCAACCGAGCAUUGUCCAUAGCUGAAGAGGUCGAGAGGAACGAAGCGCCGAAGAUUUAUGCUGAUGGCGCCUUGACGACUCCUGACAGCUCUUACUCGUAUUAUACACUGACGAAUACGACCGCCAAUACGACAGAGGAACCACGAUCCGCCAAUGAGCUGCCCACUUCAGGUCCGACUGCCAGUGAAAGAUCAGCGAUGCGAAGUCUGGCGAGGCGAUACCGGGCGCGAAGGCGACGCAAGCUGCGCGCUGAUAAUGCUGAUCCAGCUGAGAGGAGGAAGCGGAAAAGAGCAAGACUUCUAGACUGCCGCGUCUCAGACUGGGGAGAAUGGAGCACAUGCCGUAGUGACGGUGGUUGUGUAGGAUCAGUUGUGCGUACGCGCAGAAUAAUCCGUCGCCAACGCCCUGGUGGCGCUCCCUGCCCACCCACCAUGCAAUCAAGAUGGUGCGCGACCAACUGCACCGCGCAACAGAAGCACGAAGACUGGCGGAAUAAUCUUACGUAAUUCCUUUUUCAAAUUUCAAACGGUUAUAUUUAUUUCUCUUUUCAUUUUUUUCUCUUUAUUAUAGGCCAGUACUUUACAAGCUCUUUUCAUUUUCUAUAGAAUACUUUUAGCAUCUUUGUCUGUCCGUCCAAUAUCAGUUUGUUUCCGAAUUUCGUUGAUCCUUAUCGUUUGGGUGUAAAUUUGUGGUGUGUAAAGAUAAUCAAUAAAAUUGUUGUAAAAAUAAAUUUAGUAAAAGAUGACUGUCGAUGUUUGGAUUAGAUAGACUUUUAUUAUUUAUCGCUGUAUCUAAGGGAGCUUCUUCAAAGUUGUUUUCAUUUCUUUGUCAAUUGUUAGGACUAAGGAUGGAGCGAGCUGAAGUGUAAAAAUUUGAUUUGCUUGCAAAUUAAUUUUGCUUAAAUCUCAAAUUUUCUUCAGAAAACUCAAAAUACUUGUAAUCUUUUUCUUACAUACAUAAGAUCGAUAACUUAUUAUCCUUAAUUAGUUUGUCCCACUUGAUUAACCAGCUAAAUGCUUUCACUUAUUAGAAAAUAGAGAUAUUUAAUUUUUUUUUCAAUUAGAAACUUAAAUGCAUAUAUUUUCUGCUCUAGUACAAAAUAAAGUGGUGUCUUAUGGUGUAAAAUUUAAUUAUAACUAGUUUUAGUUGUACUGCAACUUACUUUAUUACAGAAUAAACUUCUUUAGUUGUUUUUUUUUUAAUUCCGAAAUCUAUAGUGAAACGCAUUCUUGCAAUAUUUUGUAAUAUCUUCCACGCGAUACAAUAUGAUAUUUUUUCACUUUCUGUCGUAGCCCAUACACUAACUGUUCUUGUGAAAGUAUAAUAGUUAAACAUACAUAUCGUUUAGUUAAGAUUUAAAGUGACAGAAACUCAAUAACGAUGUAGUUUUUUUUUUUUAGUCGAUGUUGAAUCCAAAGAAACAAGUUUUAUUUUUAUUAAUUAAGUGUACAUCUAAUGCAUAGUUAAGUCAUGGUUAAGUCAGUAUUUAAGAUGUAGUGAGAGCCUUCUGUAAUUUCUAUUCUGUGACACUUCAAUAAUAAACAUGGAUUUUUAUUUUUACUUGCCUACUUCUCUAGCUCAGUGACCCUCUAAGUGGAUUUUAGCAUCCAAAAUGAGAGAAUGCCAUAUAAUCAGAUUUUCCAGUCGCCUAAAUGCUGCGCGAUGGUGCGCAAGUCGACAGUUUUUAACUCACGCAUAUGAAGCUCCACAGUUUAGGUCCUCGCAUCCUUAAAAACCCACAAUAAAAUGUGCAACACGUAAACAAUCAUUACAUUUAAUUUGCAUAAACAAACACAGAUAAAUAUUUGACGCACAACAAUAGAAAUGAAAUAUCUUGUACAGUCGAUAGCACAUCAUGUUACCUAAAUUCAUUGCAAAUUCGCCGCUAUUACAUGGUGGCUUGCCGUCGACUGUACACUGCUUUAAAAUUUAUCAACUACUACUUAUAUUUUACGAAACUUUAGUCAAUUGACAAUGUUCAAAUUCACAUAAAACUAGAGUUUGUUUGCCAAUAAAUAAUUUAAAUCUUUCGAGAAAUAAAUGGUGAUUUUAAAGUUUGUCACAUCCGCUUAUGCCAAAGAACUCAAAUCUUUUUACGAUGAGACUAUUAAAUGAAAGAUCAAUUCACGUAUAUCCAUAAAGCAUAAGUAAUUUUGAUUUAGGUACGAUCAGAUUUGUUUUGAAACAUAAAUUGAUUUUAUUUGAAAAGCAUGCGGAAUAAAUUUUAGUGUCUUUAACAUUUCUUCAUAUUUAUGAAUAAAAAUACAUAUAAUAAAAUUAACACUAUAUCCAUAGUAAAUUUAACACUAUCAUUAUCUGUCUAUCGACCUGAUUCAGGGAUGGGUUUGCGCCCGGGCAUAAACUACGCGUCGUUUUUGCCCGGUGCAAACCCAGUUCGGUGUGCUCCUGGGCGUAUCUUAAAUAUCUGUUCCGGUUUUGUCCUCGGCUAAACCCGAGGCCUACGAAAACCUUUUCAUCGUAAUAUAUAUUACAAAGUUAACACUUUCGAUAUAUUACAAAGUUAAUGCUUGAUGUGGAAUAUGGAUGAACUGAUCUUGAUACUUAUUUAGGAUUUACAACGUCAAAAUAUUAGGCUAAUGAAAUUAAAGCUAUAGAUGGAACUGUAAAAUAGCUAAUUUAAAGCGAAAUGUUAACCUUAGCGUAACUGAUUGGAGUAUGUGUAUUUUUUACAAUGUAAAUUAUUCUGAUUUCAGUAAUAAAACAUCUUAAAUAACA